AUGGCCGUCCGUAUAAUAUUAUACGCCUGUUGUGUGACACUAGUGUUGACGGGCCGGGAGUUGACGCCCGAGCGGGUGUUUGUCUCCAUAGCGUUCUUCAAUAUAAUGCGGAUAACUAUUACCAAACAGUUUCCCAAUUGUAUCGCCGCUACCGCCGAACUCAAUGUCGUUAUACAUAGAUUACAGACAUUUUUAAUGCUAGAUGAAAUGACAGAAACAACUUCAGUAGACAAUCACGUGGACAAUCACCAUGAUGAUUUAGGAGUUCACAUAGAUAAGCUUACUGUACGCUGGAAUAAUGAACAACCGGAGCCCACACUGGCUGAUAUUAGCCUAAGCGUAAAACCGGGCCAACUAUUGGCCGUUAUUGGGACAGUUGGUUGCGGAAAGAGCUCGCUGUUAAUGUCAAUACUGGGCGAACUGGCUGUGAGCUACGGACAACUCUCUGUACGGGGUCGGGUGUCGUACGCGGCACAAGAAUCAUGGGCGUUUAUGGCCAGCGUUAGGGACAACAUACUAUUCGGUGCCGAGUAUGACGAGCACCGGUACCGGUCAGUGGUCAAGGCGUGCGCACUCGACACGGAUUUACGGCUCUUUCCCUACGGCGACAAAACACUGGUCGGCGAAAGGGGUGUAUCGCUGAGUGGGGGUCAGAGGGCGCGGGUAGCCCUGGCCCGGGCCAUAUACCACCAGGCUGAUAUUUAUUUGCUGGACGACCCACUGUCCGCCGUGGACGCGCACGUGGCCAAACACUUGUUUCAAAAGUGUAUCGUAGACUACCUGAGCGAUAAGGUCCGAGUGCUGGUCACCCAUCAGAUCCAGUUCUUGAAGGCGGCCCAUAAGGUACUGGUUCUGAGCGAAGGCCGUUGCGUAGCCCAGGGAACCUACGACGAGCUCCGGGCGGCCGGCGUUGACUUUCUCUCGUACAUCAAACUCGUGUCAAACACCGGCACCGACUAUAAACAGUUAACCGCUGGCCUCCAGGCCUACACCCCAUCCAUACCGAGCAGUAUUGGCGACAUGUCUGAGAUGGCCAGCAGUGGUGCGGCGACUGCGGAGGCGAUGGCCCAGGAGUUGGCGGACAUCGAC